CUGAGUGAGACCACGCACUCUCAGCGAAUCAAUACAGUGCAGGUUUCCAAAGAUGGCGAAUAUGGCUCCGGUCGAGGAGCAAAACGAAGCUCUGAAGCGGGAGCUUGCGGAGCUGCAAGAUAAGCUGGCCGCCCAGCAAUCUUCCGGCCAGCAUCAGUACGACGAAAUAUCACAGCUAAAAGCUAAGAUCGUUACACUUCAAAAAUCCGUGGACGCCGAGCUCGGAAAAAGGGAACAGAUUGAGGCCCAAAAUAUCAUCCUUGGCCUUCAGCUGGUACUCUUUUACUUGAUUUUCCAUGCGCGCGUCUGUAUAAGUUCCGCGAGCCCGCGAACGUACAAACAUAAGAGGCGCGUCGAGUUGGCUCUUAUUUGUGAUUCUCUGGCGAUAGCGGCAAACAAGGCGAGAGCAUGCGCCACCCUUAGUGCCAAAUAAGCAGCGGCAUGUGUGUAACCUGUCUCGCCAGGUAGAGCGCGACUCGCUGACAUUUUUGUCGUGUACUUUCUCACUCUGCUUUGCUGACUUUCUGAUUUUAAUAACAUCACAGAAAGAAACGCAAGACACGGGCAAGAGCGGGAAGGCGAAAAAACAAGUGAAGCGACCCGAUGAGGAAGGGCCACCAGAGGCGGCCAAGGCUGCUACGAAAAUUAUUCGCACGGUAUAAUCGGCGGAUGAGCUACUUUUUUUCGGGAAUUUUGAUAGAAACUAAAGCCGAUGGCGAAUUUACUGUGUCGCAAAGGAAUUCAGUUGCAAUAGUCGGAAAAACGGAAAUACGGAGCACAGACGCAGUGCUUACUUGCAUUAUUUGUAUGUAGUACUAGUAGUCCUAGUCGCACUGGUUGAGAGCUUUCUGUGAUUGAUUUCCCACUCUUGGUCAGGUCGAUCAAUGGUUAAGGCAGCGCGACUUGGAACAGGCAUUGUUGCGAGGAAGUGCGAUCUCGGACAUUGGGUUUUCUACUCUGGUAUCUAGCUCUUGCACUUAGCUUUGUUUUCCCCGUGCUUUACUCACAACAGGUCACCAGUCGUGCGUUCAUUGUUUUGGUAGCAAGUUCCACCAAGGGCAUAGACAAUUAAUUGACGACUGGACACGGGCAGGGCAUUUGCUUGAUUAACCUUCAGCGAAUGACUUUUCUUAUGCAGGCAAACAAACUGUAGCUGUACUUAGACUGACGAGGCAGCGCCUUCCGGAAGACCCGUGAACGAUCAAGGCCAGGAGCCUCUCCGCUGAAGCAAAAACUCAUGGCGUAGGGUGCUCGCCCCGCGGUAGGGUGAAGUGCCCAUGUAGGGUGCUCGCCCCGCGGUACAAGGGGCGAAGCAUCGAACAGAUCGCUGCGCCACGCACAGAAUGAAAAAUAAUUGCAGUGGCUUUGCCCAACUGCAAGUUGCGCAAGCGUAGCCCCUAUCCGUUUCUUUGACAAUCGUUUUCGCAGCAACUUUCACAUUCCAAGACUCCCAAUGAGCGCGCCGUAGGCGGAGUCUUCAAUCGGCGAACACGCGGUGAGAGAGCUUGGCCGGCGCGGUGGUCUCCUGGUCCAAAGACUUAUUGCCAAUUCUUAUUCUUUUUUCUUCCUGUUGCCCCACCUGUGUCCUGUCCCAGCGGAUAGGCCCAUCGGCCCCCAUCUACGACGCCAUGGCGCUUUUUUGCCUCGACAAGCCCUGGCUCGCUACGAUCAAUUUGAAAAGUGCAGACUCGCUCAAUUUCGGCGCGCUGCUCAAAUAUGCUGGAAUCUCGUACGAUGAGCAUAUCCAGGGAUUAUGUCGCGUGCGCGUUUGGCCUUUUUUACGGCUUAGCGACUUCCUCCAUGUUGUUUGCGGAUUUAUGUUUCGGACGGGAUUUAGUUUGAGGGCCUCGAAUUGUAUAGGCUAAGCAUGCGGUGCGUAAAGUAUAGAGCCACUUUCGCGUUGGCCGUGUCGAUGUGUUGCACACGUACGGCGCUCCAAGCAGUAAAGGACCCCGGAAGACACUGGACCCCAAGGGCGACCCCGGAGGAUACUGGAGCCGUGUGGUCCAUGCAUAUGGCGUGAACCAAACAAAAAAACAACCGCGGACAGGCACAAGUUCUGAUCGAUUGCUAUGCUGUCGGGAACCCCGCUAGUCCUCACUUGGCGUUUGGAGUGUGAGCGCAUUUUUCUUAUUCUACUUCUUCUCGACGACGUCUGCUGCGAUUACCAGAGUAGGAAGGAGCGCACUAGCAUUCAUCUGGAGUGAAGGAUCCUUGUUUUGCUUUGCAAAACUAAGCUUGCGCGGCUCUUUAUUUUCAUACGAGCCUUCAUCCGUCAAGAAUUAGAAUUUGCUAAAACCAAACGGCUAGCGAGAACAAUGGUUGCGGUUUCCAUAAUUGUCCGAGCCUGCAUACCCUGGACUUGUCGAAGAAUCAGCUGACCAUGGACAGUUGCUCGGACAUCUGCUAUUCCAGAAAAAUCCUGAGGCUUGUGAGCACGUGCGCUUCUGCCUUGUACGCUCGUUUUGGGAUAUGCGCGCGUGCGCUGUAAGUGAGGCCGAGGACCUCGCGUGCUGAUUAAGUAUGUCUAGUUGUCGUAGCUGGUGAGGCGGCGAGGGUUCAUCUAAGUCUCAGCUUUGCUGACGUCCCACGCAGCCGUCGCGCUCAUAUGAUUUUGACGGCGCGAGCGCCCGAUCCAGGGAGCCUUGUGUGUAGUGCGGCUACCGAGCGGCCCUAGUUGGUAACUUUCCUGCGAGUAAGCGUCAAAAACGGCCCGCAUUUUCUAGGCCUAUGAAGCAGUUUUUUAGUUGAAGAAGAGCCAUGCUUCUCUAGCCCGGUUGGGUUUGUUGUCAACGAAUCGCGACGGAUUUGCACUGCUCGCCAAUUGGAAAACUAUGCCGAUGACGAGUGGGUAAAAGUGGUGCCCGUCAGGCUUCAGCCGUCUUACCUAGCCGCCGAAACCCAAGCCCCAAGCUAGGUUUCGGCGGUUUCGGCCGCCCACAAAAACCGCGCGCAAAAUCAGAGUAGCCACCCUGAAGGAAGAGUGCAACUCGUGGCAGUGCUCGCGGAUUCUAUGAAAAUCGACACUGCGUGCACAGCAAGAGAAGUCCGUUUUUAUUUUUUCUUACGCGGAAAGGGCAUGCCUCGCACGGCAUAGGCAUGGAAGCCCUCACAAAAUUCGUGACGCCAGGGCAGGUGUUACGCAUCUCACCGCGUGGGGUAUGCAAAAUGGAAUCUGCAGCACAAGCACAAGUGUUGCACUGUCCAGGCCCAGACGGUACUACUAGUGUCAGCGAAUAGUAGUGAGCAUGCAGCCACGGGGUGCUAUUUGCGCGCCCAUGACACUACUGCGCGAGCACCCACAGGCUCCCGCGUGCUUAUCGCUUUGGCCAGCGUAGCACCUCGGCAGAGGCCGCGGGCCCCCGACAGAAGUUAAUAGCACUCAGCUUUAUUUAUGUCGCCCAGAGAAAGCUUCGUAAUAGUGCCUUAUGCAGCUGGUGCUGGACGUCAUAGCAUGCGCUGGCCCUUUCUCUACUUCUUAGCAGCUGCUUUACGAAGUCCUUUCAAAAAAAUUGAGUCGUCUUCUUGCCUGUGCUGUGCCAAGGUCUUGUCUGCAGACAAAACGUCAGACAUAUUUGCAUUGGAUGCCUGCAUGGCGUGUCCAUGAUUUCGGAGAAUUUUAGGCGACCGCGCACCCCGUCGCCGUUGCGCCGGUUCCCAAGGCUGGGCAGCUUCAGGGAGGCGGCGCCCUAGAAAAAUGACACGCAAGAAAUACAAAACGCGCCCAACCCACGAAGGCGGCCCACAUGUUAUGGAGCCGAAUGCCCGACCAUUGUUGGGCGCCUUCCCAGGCGCCCAAAAGAGGCCCGCACCCUGCGGGGUAGCUUCCGGAAGGAAUUACACAAGACUGGCAACCGACCGCCCCGCAAUAGCGCCUAGUAACGUUUAAUGUGAGGAGGUGGUGGCCCUGGCCCGCGAAACAGAUACGGCGGAGCUGAAAAGGGCGCCGGGGGCGCCCCGCGACCGCACGUCGCGCGGCCCAACGGGCUUGGCCCCUGUGGCAGUUGACGCAAGGCAAGGGGCCGCCGCGGGCCUCACUACCUCCGCCUCUGCGGCUAUUUUCUGCCUCGGCGGCUACUUCCGCAGAAGAUCGAUGUUGGUGGUUAGACCCCUUCUUGAGAACGAACUUACUCCGAACACGCUAACAAACAGCCCCCAGCUUUAUUUUAACUAUGAAGUCACAGAAUAGAAUUCCGGUACCAUCGGAAUUACGAUAGUUAUCGGAAAACCACUACGAUAAGACUCCCGAUUGCAAGAACUAGAGCAGCGCGAUCGGCUCGCUUUGCAGCGUUUCCGGCGAUUGGCGACGCUCUUGGCGUGUCGCGGAGUGCAUGCAAAUGAGACAUUAUUCGACGCGGCCGAGAAGCGCCAGUGCGUGUCUUCCACUUCCUGCAGUCAGCGGCCGCGAGAGGUCUGGACAUAGCUCGAGGGGGGACGUCUUGCGCCCAGGGCGGCGCGCUGUGUUGAUUCCCCCGAGCCGCCAGAUCGGCUUCUGGCAGCGCGCUCCUUUAGGCAGCGAAGUUUUUCUAGCUUCUUGGCGCGCUUAUCGCAGACCCCGCCCUGCGCAUGUUUUGCCGGCUUUGGGUUGAUCGCAUUGGGGACGGGGGGGCCGUGUAGCCCAAGCGGCGUCCUGGCCGGACCUGGGGCGUGUUGUUUUCCCGCAAGCGAGGCCAUGAAGCCUCACACGCCCGCGCCCUCUUCCGGGGGACAGGCAGCGCGCGCGCGAUCUUUAUCUCGGGCGCCGGCUGCCGUGUGGCAGCCUCUGGCGCCAGUCCCGGCCGCGAAAAUCUGCAAUGUCUGUCUGAUUAGAAAAUAAAGCGCACCGCCCCACGAAAGUUUUCAGCGCCGGCAACAUGUUGCAAGCGCUUCGCGGCUGGGUCGGCGUAAGUAGUUUUCCUUCUGUCAGGAAAGCCGGGGCGCCCUGCUGAUUCAUUGUGCCUAUUUGUAUUUCCAGCAGUGGCCCUCCGCCCCCCUUGCCUUCGUCUGCCCCCGCAAGGAAGCAGUGCAGCCCCCGCGCCACCCCACUUUUUUUCCGUCAUUUUCCGCCGGCAUUAGACUCUCGUCGGCGCCUCGGCACCACGGGGGCGCCUUCUCUUUCUGCUGCCCUGGAUGUGCCGCCGGCGCGCAGCGGCCCGGCCCCAAUUUCCCGAUUUUAUCGUCGAAACAGCUCGGGCGAAGGUGUUUCGACGUCGAAACAGCUUGCGACGAGCUGUUUCGACGAUAAAAUCGGAAAAUCAGGCCUGGUUGCCCGCCGUCCGCGCAGCUUUUUCUUUGCCUGGCCGAGUGUGAUUUUUGGCCAGCCCUGCUUCCUCAGUGAAUGGCGCCCCUUCGGGGGAAGAUGGCCGUCGCUUUAUCCAGCCUGCCCUGUGUGGCGCGCUGCGUUUGUGUUUCAGGUGCCAUUCUACCCGGUUUUUUUAUUUUUCUCGGAUUGUUGGGCGCAAAGGCCCUGGGCCUGGGGUAGCAACCCGGCCUGCGACGGAAGUAUUGGGGCGAAUGGCCAAUGGCCUCGCUCCGAGCGACCGACGCCCGGGCGGGCACUCGCGCCGCCGCCUUUUUUUGUUUUGCUAGCCCGCGGGGGCUUGCCGAGUAGUCCCACAGCCUGCCGGGCAGCCGUGGCCCUGCGCCCUUUCAAGGCCGUACACAAUGGGCGCCCCUGGGUAGCCGGGCCGCGGGGGAGAUUGAUCGCCCUCGUGGCGCAUUGCAUGCGCCCCGCGUAAGGCAUGGCACGGGCCCCACAUUGAUGUAGCGGCACUAGCGUUACGCACCCCUCCGCGCGCAGGGUUGUGGGGUGGUAGCGGGCCUGGCUCCGCCGCGAAGCAGUCAGCGCCCCUCAUGCCGCGCAAUGGCGCGUGGCCUCUUGUUGGUUCUCCGCCUUGCUCUUUUAAAUCGCUUGUUGGCCGGCUUUUUGCCUGCGCCCUUUUUUUUCUUGCCUGCGGCAUGGUAUUGCGUUUCAAAAUGCCGCAGCCGAUUUACUGCCAAGGGGGAGAGGUAGGUAAGCAAGAUGGCCGAAAUAAAAUCGCCAACGCCCCCGCGUUGGCGAGCGGUCGUGGUUGCAGUCAAGUGCCCCGUGGCUUAGUCGCGGGGCACUGCAUCGGCAGUAGAUACACGGUAGCGCAACAGUUUUUCGCUUGAAUUCCCGAUAGCUAUCGUAAUCGCGAUGGUACCGGAAUAAAUGAGUGUGACUUCAUAAUUUUAACCCUCUGCGCAAUACCCCGCGCAGGCUAGACGGCGACGAUGAUGAUGAAGAUGAUAGUCCAAGGGCGCACGCACAGCUGUGGUGACAGCACAGCAACAAAGAGCAAUUAAAACCCGGGUGAAGUCGCUUGCGCCACCAGACCUGAAUCAGCGGAAAGUCAUGGCGCGCGUUCCCGCACUGCGUUGCUGGCUGGCUAGCAAAAAGAAAUAGUGUGCGCCCGGACCCUCACUGCGCUCGCCAUGUUGAGACUGCGCGCCCCGGGGGAUCGUGCACUCCCGGUGGGGGGGCCUUUGCCUUCGGCUCUGCGGCCACUGUUGGCAGCAGCGCUGUGUGCGAGCGCAGGGUCAGGAUUUCUCGUGGAACGCUGCCAAAUUAUUACCACCGCGCCGACUAUUUCCUACAUCAGUCUUGAGGCAAACCUGUUCUCGCUCCGAAGCAUCGGCUAUUUUAUGACAGCCAUCAUAGAGCGGCAAAACAACAAAAGGUAAGCGUAUUGAUAGCAUUUGGAAGUAAGAAUGUCAAUGGUUGAUGUUCGGCUGCUAUUUUGUCGGUUCUUCAAGGUAAGACCAAACAGAGCAAAAGGGAAAGGGGCCUGGUGCGCAUGAUCAAAAAUGAAAAUACCUUCACAGUUUGACACCACUGGCGAUUCUGCAUAUGCAAGACAAUGACGGAAUCAUCCAGGCGAUUGAGGCUGACGUGCAACCCGGGCCGGCGGAUGUAUUGACUCCCUUAGUUUUGACUUCUGCUGAUGAAAAGCAAACGGCAUUGUGUUUGUCGACCCAGUUACGCUACGUGCCCCCCUUGCUUUUGGUUUUGGUCGCUCAGUCAAUGCCAAAACGGGCAGCGUUUGGUCUGCCUUUGGUGGCGAAGCUUUCGCAAACUUUUGCAAAGUGCCUGCUCUUACGAUUCAUCUGCGCCAUGCCCUACGUAUUGCUCCCACGCCAUAGGAUGCAGCCGUCGGCUGAAUGAUGAAAAGCAGCCAAUCGCCAGGCCGCGCAAAUGUAAAUGGCGCCACGUCAACAGCGCCGUUCUAUUUUCAAUGCACCACGGCAACAGCGCCGGCUAGGCAAAAACUAGGCGCAGAAGUCACAAUUUCAACCGCAGGAGACAAGGGGGACAAGUAACUGCAGCAAAAAAAAAAUGCGCAGAAGAGUCAAGCAAAGCGCGCCGGCGGCUUGCGCCCUGCUUCCGGGAACUCAGCCAAAGCCUUCCCGCGGCUACUGCUUUAUUCUUUUUUUGCGUCUGAAAAAAGCUGCACUGCAUGACCGUUUGCCUCUGAAAAACAGCCGAAAAUGCACUGCAUGACCGUCGGAGAGUAUAAAGAUGUAAAACGUGAGCUGUUGCUCAUUGGAGCGUGAUGCGUAGUGCCUGCACGCACCACCAGAAGUGCGUUGCUGCGCCCUGCUUUUCUUGCGCGCACCAUCAGAAGUGCGUUGAGUCGCGGCGGUAUGAUGAUGAUGAAAAGCUUACUUUCGGGCCAUCGUGCCUCCGGAGAAUGGCUGUUGGAAGCUGGGCUGCGGGCCGAGGCCGAGCUGAUCCUCGUCCGCCAGCCUUGUUCCCGUCCAUCUCGGGCUCGCUUGUUCUCGGUAGUUUGCGUAGGCUCGCGGCGUCUUUGCGGGUUUUGGCGAUCCCACUUCAGAAGGCUUCCCGAGAAAUUCUAGCCUCUUCCGGCGGCCCAGCCGAGGGCCCCAGGGCCAAGGCGGUCCGCGAGGUUUGCUGUGCGCCCGCUUCAAAAGGCGCAGCCGCGUCCGAGAGCGCGCUCCUUGCCACCUAUCGCAAAUAAUUUCCGCCGGCGCCCCAUUCAAGUUUUCGGUUGGUUCGUGGGGGCACUUUUGCGCGAUUUCGCGAAGGAGCCCGGGGGCCGCGCCUUCGCUUUCCGGGGAAGAAAAACACGCUGGCGCACAUGCCGCAUGCCACUCGCGGGCGCCUCCGUGCAUAAUCCCCCGCCCACCACCCAGCCCCGGCGCCCUUCGUCAACACCUGCGCCCCGCGCGCGGUGCCCGAGGCAGUGUGCCGCGGGCCGGAGGAAGGGAGUGUUGGUUCCUGGUGUGCAGCCUGGCGCGGCCGGGCAUAGUUUCCUGCGGCCCCCGCCAAGCCGCCUCCCCGCAACAUCGGCGCCCCGCGCUUCGUGCGCUAAGGCAGCAAGGCCCCGCAAAGAAGCGCCGCCGUGAAGCGGUUCGGGCAUUCUUCCGCGCGCCGCGCCCCUCCCCCCUGGCCGCGCCGAGGGCGGGCGCCGCGUCCUUGGCGAUUUUGAAGGCCGCCAAAAGGUUUGGGAGGGCGUUGGGCGAUUUGGGGCGAGGGCGCGGAAGUUUUUCGGGGGCAGUUGGAGCGAUGUUUUUUGAAGGCCCUGGCGCGGGCGGACCUCAAUUGAGAAGCAUGGCCGGGGGCUCUCGAGAUUGAGCAGCGGCAGCUUGAAGGACCUGCGACGGCGCGGGGCAGGGGGUCCCUCCCCACCGCGAGAUCCCCCCCACGCAAUCACUCCCGCCGUACCCCGGGAGCCCACCCUCGGCCCAGGACUGCGCCCGCACGCCGGCCUUGGGAUUCGCCCAUCUUUUGGGCCCCCCAUCUUCGGGAAUGUCCGUCCGCUUGGAGAGGAAUCUGCGUUGCCCCGGAGGACCCAAAUGCUUCCCGGGAAUGCCCCCGCCCGCUCCGUUCCCAGGCCGGGGACCUGCCGCCCCGGCGGCCGGCGAAUGUGUGCAGCCUUGCCGGGCGGAGGGGGCGGCCACCGACUUCGGCCAAGGCAGGGGAAUUGCUCUCGUGGAGGGGGGCUCCGAAGGGGGCGAGCUGUUUCGGGCGAAUCCUCUCCCCAGGGCGGCCCCGCUAAUGACGCCGCCCUGUGACGGGCCUCGGGAAGGAUUUAACGUUGGCCCAUUGGACUCCGGUACGGCACUAGGGGUUGUGGGGCCGGAACGCUUGUCCGGGUUCCCGGCGCAGCCCCCCGGUAAAAUCGGCGCGCGCUUUGGGGAAGGGCCAUUUCAGGCGGCCCGAUUCGGGGCAGCAGUCUCCUCAGGAAUUCACCUGCGGAGGCACCUCGGGCAAGGUCGGUCGCAUGCCGACGGGGAGUGGCCCGGGCGGCUCGAUAAGGGAUUUUGGAAUAUCACUGGGGCAAUUCUGCAGGAACUCCUGCCAAAGUCCGCUGCGCGUCUCCGGGGGGCCCGUGAUGCCCGACGCCUAGAAGUGCAUAAGCAAAGGCGCUAAGGAGCUUGGUGAAUGCCUCGCGCGAGCGAAGGCGCCCCGUUCGCCUCGCGGGCGGGGCGCCAUUGUGUGCGGAAAAAAAAACGCCGACGUCGGGGGCGCAGUAUCCAUCUCCCGGGCUUUUCUUUGUAUUUGUAGUGCCCAGACAGUAUCUCGCCCAACUAGAGGCGAGCACACAUGUUGCAUCUGUCCAAGAAGCCUGCUUCGCGCUGUAUUUGAAAAAUAGAGCGGCAGGAGCCGAUAGACCAGAGCUCCUGGAAAAGCAAAAACUAAUCGGAACAGCUAAAGGCAUGGCCGAAGCUUGCGUCCUUCCCGAAUCCUGCUCCAGUCAUCCUGCUGGCCCUGUCCAAGGCUUUGUGGAAGUUUCUGCAUGACACGGGGCACCCACAAGUGAAAUCCACGAAGCCGGACCAAGUGAAGUGGAAUCGUAUGGACCCACACACCAUCAAGAAGAUGCAGGCGGCGUACCAUGUGUGAAACUGCCCCGCUCCCAGGGCCCAGGUCGUUUAGUUUGCAUUGUGGUCGUUGUUGCUGCAAGAAUUAAAGUUGCCAAAUGAAGCGACGUGCAGGAAGCCACGCUCUUUUGCAACUCGGACUUCAGGCCUGCACUUCGAUCGACCGCGACCGCGGCUCCUUUGCAUCCCCUGACUGAUGCCAGGACAUGGGGCCGUUUUUACGCUGAUAUGGUGCUCUCGAAGAUUUUGUUGAUCAGCGAGGAAUAUCCGGCGAAAAAUAAAAAGUGUCGCGCUCGCAUGAACUAUCCCAACGGCUGGGCGCUGCAAAUUUUGUUCGCGCGCCGCAUUUAAUGCGCUGGCGCGGUAUCGUUGUAUCACGCUCCGGCGCUGCCGGGCUUGUGCGCGAAAGGUGCCAAUACUGAAAGGAGUGCCGGUAGGGUGCAGAAACAUGUGCAGAAGGGUGCCGUGCUCUUGCAUAUAUAUUAACGCAGCGAUACCGGCCUGCGCAUGCGUCGGCCUCGGCGCCCGAAACCGAAUGCGUAGAGUGUUUCGCCGGAAACUGAUGAACCAAGGUACAGAAGGUUGCCGCGCUAGUAGUUGGCAUCUCUGCAGCGGGGCGGCAAUGAGAGAGGCACUGGUGGCGCUUGUUGGUGUCGUUUUCCAUAGAGGAAAACGGCCGACGCGCAGGGACCUGGACCACCAUCCGGCUUAUUACCUGAAGCGAAAGGCGGCAGCUACACUCUGUGCACCGCAAGAAGAAAAUCGGCGAGGGCCUUUCCAGGUAGCGCGAUAGGGCCGCUGUGGCCGUGGUAUUCAGAGCGAGCGGCCGCUGCCCCGCCUCCGCUGGCGGUAUGUGAUAGUGGACAAGAAAAUGACCGGGCGGGAGGCCAAAGUGCCAGCAGGCUUGCAGCGCUUGGUGGAGUGGCGAGAAGAACCGCGGCACGCGCAGCCUGCUGCGGCGCCCCCAGUGACGGACGGGGUCGCAGAUUUCGCGGGGUCAGAAGGGAGCGGCGCGCUCCCCUCGCGGCGCGUGCUUUGAAGGCAGCACAGCAGGCACGCUCGAGGGCCAGUGCGUUCUCCAUUGGCCCAGUUCGAGCCGGUUGCCCGCGCGCAUCCCCAAUGUGCCAACCACGGACUGAACUGGCAAGCAGCUGCCUGCUGGCCACGGGACGUUCGACCGGCGGGAGGCCGGCCGAGAACAGGAAGGCGGCCGGGGGCGUGCGUUUGUGCUCCAACCUUCCCAGGACGGCCACAACACACAAAGAAACAGCCGACGCGUUCUUCCUGCGACAUGUGCCAGCUGCAUGGCUCAUGGAAAGCGAAAGGGGCGGCGAGGCCAAUUGGCGGCGCCACAGCUAAGUGCGUGGGAACCCUCGCAGCCCAGCUCUUUUGCUUGCGUGCUCUCUGAAGAUUCGGCUUUUUCUUUUCUCUCCUACAGUAAUGCCGCUGCUUUCGUUCCACAGAUGCCAGCGCAGGGAGCCUCUGGUGUGUUUCGAGUUGGCAAACGUUCAGCCCCGGCGGCUUUUUCGUCACCCAGAAAGCGACACGCCCGGAAACGUUUUUGUGGCUGAAAGUGCUGCGGCGCCCACUUGGCUCGGGCCGCGCCGGCGUUGCAUUUUCUACCGCGGGGCUCUACCGUGUACCGCUUGGAAAGCUCAAGCAAGUGGUCCGGCAAAAGCGGCGCCCCCCGGGCGAAGGCCGCCUUCGGCCCAGCCUGCCGGGUUCUUUGUUAUGGGCCCUCGAAGGCGGGCGCAGUUUGGCGGGACCGGGAGACAAGUCGCCCGCGCGCGUGGCGCAGGCGCCAUUGUGGCCCGCGUUGUCCGAACGAAAAAGCGGCGCCCUCGAUGGGCCGACUGCUUGCGCGGCGCCGGACGUAAUAAGGCGGCAGCGCCUGUGCUUGGAAAAAAGGGAAAGCGCGCCAGGGCGUGACGCGGCGGGCCCGCCCUGCUUUUGCUAGAAUGCGCGAGGUUGGCUUCGCCAAGAUGCAAGAAGUCCGCCGCCUGCGGGGUCAUUGCAUGCUAGUAGGGGGAGCGCCGCUUGCAGUGGCGAAGUGCGCAAGCGCUUGGGGGGCUUUGGCGUAUUCCGUGCCGCGCCCGCAACCGGAUGAAGAGCGCCGCCCUUGCGACUUUCGUAGCCAGGAGGCUGCGGGCCUCCUCGCGCAUGCUUUCUCUCGUCCUCGAGUGCUGGGCUGCGAUGAGAUUACCUAAUGCGAGCGCGAUGCUUUUUCUCCGGAUUGGGUAGAUGUGUCGGACAAGAAGAAGCCGGGUAUGUCGCUUAUUGCUCCACUACUUUGCGCACUCUCUCUGUUCGUUGCUACAUAGAGAGAGAUUUAGAUACGAGCGGCACUGCCUAGCAAGAUGGCGCGCGGCCCUUGCUACGCGUAGACUUGCGACGGCCAAACUAAUACUCCGCAACAUGAAAGCAAAGCCAACGGGGAACCAAAAGCGAAAGCGCAAAAAGCUACCAAAGGCAAAAAGCAAAGAAAAGCGAAAAAGCAAAAGCAAAGAGCAAACCUGAAAACAAAAACGAAAAGCAAAGCCCGAAGGUGAAGACCAGCAGCAGAAUUUGAUGGGGCUUCGACCUGCAGAAGGGCCGAGCAGGCAGGGAGCGGGAAGCUGGCCAAGGAAGGCGUGCUCGGCAGGUGGCAGGAGACUGCUGUAACCGCGAAAGCCGCUCACAGCCGUUACAGCCGCGCAGACGCCUUGCGGCAGCCACAGUUUUGCGAGCAGCGCAGUCCUAUCGUUACGUGGAUGAAUUUGAUACAAUUGCAAGCGCGCGCACUUUCGCGCGGCGUUUUGCGCUUCAAUCGAUUGCAAGAACGCGCCGGCGAUUACGGUCCGGGCGACCGAGCCCGGAAGGCAGGUCUGGCAGAUGGGCCCCGACGGGCAGGCCUUCCUGCGCCGAACCGGCAUGGGUAGUCAGGCCUGGCUUCUUGGGCUAUUUUGCCCCUCUGCCUUUCGGUGUAGCGGAGUAAUUGAGCCGCGGCGCAUAUCUCUAAAGGCGGGGCGUACGUGGCUUGUGUUGCGCUUGACAGCGACAACGCGCCAAAACCUGAAACGGGCAGCACCAUCGCCGUGCUGCGCUGUCAGCAAUGGGAGGGCCGCAUUGUUUGCGCCGGGCGGCCCGAUCUAUUAAACCGGCCCCGCCCGAAUUGGUGGCGGGCUCUGCGGCCAUUAUUCCAGCGCGCGCCCCUGUGCGAGCGCGCGGGGCUUUGCUGGGUGCCUUUUUCCAUUCAUGGUUAUGAUGGCGAGGCCCUGCAGCCCCGCCAGGCGCGAUGCUCGUUCGCUAUUCAUUCUUGGCAAAGAGGCCUUGCUUCUGCGGCUGGCGUCCCCGUUGCAGGAGCCGCAACUUGCCGGCUGUUGCAGUCGCGGCACCAGGGGGCGCCGUUUCGCGCUUUUCCCACCCGCCCGCCCCGUGGCACUUUUUUUCUGAUUCCGGGACGUGGCUCUCCAUGCGUUAGCGGGGGCCGGUGCCUCCUGUAUUCCGGAGGGGAAAUCUCCAAAGACGGCCACCCCAGAGGAUGACACACAUGCGCAGGCAGUUUGGGAAUGUGCGCCAAAUGCUUUCUCUUCGUGGGCGAAGCGCUGGCGCACCUAAUCACAAGAGCACCUUUUCGCACGACGCUGAAUUUUGAGCAGUUCGGACUUGCUGGCCUCGUGAAGGACACGCUGCGACGAGGGGGCGUCCAUGGCGGAACCCUUCGCGCAGUCAGGGAGUUGGUUCCAGUAGGCCGCGCCCGCAGUAGUUCUCGAGAUCGCUGGGUGGCCCUCUCCGGGUAGUGAAAUCGCCGAAAGGAGGGGCUUCCAACAAGUAGACCGGCAGCACAGUUGGCCUUUCAGCACGGGCGACCGACGGUCGCUGCCAGGUCCACGCCCGGGGCCCGACGUCCAUUAGGCCGCCGGUCGUUUUAUGUAAAGACCAGCAACAGCAGUCAUUUUUACAUAUUGCCAUGCGUCAUAUUGCGAAAAGUAAGUGUUGGAAUUGUGCUAGUUGGUGUAGAAGUGUUUAGAUAGGAUGAAGCUGCGAGCUUCGCAGGGUCUUGCAGACCGUUAUUUGCGUGGCUAGGUCCUCGUAUGCACCAGACACAUAUCGUGACAGCGACCGCCCGGGCUUGAGAGGGCGCAGCGCUACCGGUAGACAGACCGCUAUAGCUCAAAACGGUGCUGGAUGGUUUUGAGCGUAUACGUAACAAACCAUCCCGAAUCCUAAUCCAAAUCCACUUCAGCGACCCUCACCGCCGACCAAGCUAUCUACCUACCGUCUGACGAGCCCACGGCCACGGAGGCGGAGAAGAAGAGAGAUGAGAAGGACGACAAAUCCACUAAAGCCGACGAGAAAGAGGAGGCAAAGGCAUCGCAUGAGAUAGCGUCUCCGCACCUUAUGGCUUGCAUAAGUACUUUUUGAUGUCGUGCACAUGUUGAGUUAUGCUAGAGCUGCUAGGGCGCAGGUUCACGCCAAUUCUGAGUGGCGCUCCAGUUGGAAUGCUUGCACGACAGCGAAGGGCUGCACUGGCCUCAGCGUGCGCGCCCAGGAGUGGACUGUUGUGAUGUUGCAAUCUGUGUGCAGAAGCAUUCAAGGAAGUAGUCGUAUGUCGUUUCCUAGGUCAGAGACCCGCUUUCCUAGUAUGAGAGGCCACUUCCGAGACAAAGCAGGCGAGCAUAGCGGGCACCGCACCGAAACCCACCGUCGGAGAUAUGAAAUUGAGUCGCUGCGCAUCCACCCACCAAAAUGCAUAGGCAAAGCCAGUUCAUCUAGAUCGUAAUUUACUGACCGAGUUUGCAUCUCACCACAAGCUCAGGAUAAAUCAUGAUGGUGAUGGUAGUUUUGGAAUGCACGGCGGUGCAUCGAUUUUUGGCCACCGUAAUGCAAGGGCCAUUUCCUCGAGUUCGACUCAGCAGUUUUCCUAGCGAUAUCCGGGCACUGCAGGACUAGACUCAGAAUUGUUGUCGACGUUCCGAGCGCUGCCGCACUGGGAUGAUCAUGUGCUGCGAUAUUUUGUUGAGCAACAGACCUCCAGCUCCACUUACUAGUCUAUCACACUAGGGUCGCGCAAAAGUCCACAGACUUGAGUAAUGCCGAUACUGUUUUUUGAGCGGUUUCUGUUAGGCGAAAAAUGAUACGGCGCAUACAAGGGUCGGCAAUUUCAGUUGCAAGCUGAUGCGAUCUCUUUUUAGUGGUGACUUUCCUUCGCUGAAACACUUGUCCGGCCGCGCCUUGUGCGCGCCCGUGGGAGAUUGUUGUGGUGGCGAUGCUCUGUAAGAGAUUGUUGUGCAGGGAUCUGGGAAGUGCCCACGGUUUUGGUGGGUAUCGCUUUAGCGUUGUGUAGGGCGUUUGUCUUUGCGUAUGAGUAGGCGUGUUUGGGUGGCUCCGCGGACCAAUCAGCUUCGUCGUAGUACAGAUGAACAAUCAAAAUCAUACUUACUUAUACUUGUAGAGUUGAUUAAAUCCGUCUGCGGUCUGCAGGGGGAUGUUGUCAGUGGUAUACCCGAGUUUGCGGCAGCGAAAUCCGAUGCAAAAUCAUCGACGCAGUACUAUAUGGAAACAGCUGCCUCGUCAUUGUUUGUAAUUUUCGGCGUGCUGUAUCGGCACGAUUAAAAGCUAGCACAAGACAAAGCUUCAGAAGAGUAGCGACAUGUCGGCAGGGCCAGAAAUUUUGCAAAGAUUGGCCGCAGCAAAGCGUGCUUCGUUCCUGCAAGCCCUCUGGCGAAGACGGGGCACAAGAACCCGGACGCGCCAUGCGCCGUGCCGGCUCUAUGGGACCGGGCGUGCCUUGGAUCGGGCUUUGUGCGCGGUGUAUUCGCCUGCCUUGCUCGGGCGGGACCGGUCUCUGGCCAUGCUUGCGUCGGCACUGGCCCGUCUACAAACCGGGCGGGACCGGACCGGUGGCCUUGGUUUGGGCCCGGCACACAUCGGGCCGGACGGGACACCAGACGGGGGCUUGGCCCCGAUGAAUUUAAAUUGGCUGCGCGCCGCACCUGACGGCCGGCAGGCCGGGAAUGCCCACGGACCCAGAGUAGCCUCGUGCCUGGAAACUUUUCCGGGGUGCGGACCUGGAAGCAGCAGGGCCGCCGCCGAUAAGCACGGGCGAUGCCUCCGCCCCAACAGCCCAAAUGGCGCGUAUUCCUCACAACGCUAGGGCCUUCAGGCGUUUCGGUUUUGGGCUCUCUGCCGCAGCGUCGGCGGUCCGCAAAGAAAAUGAUAAUUAUUGAGCAGCUGGCGACGUGUUCCCCCUCUAAGAAAUACCAAGGGCGCCCCGGCUGCUCAGCUGAAUUGAUGAAGCGGCAGGGAGGUAGAGCAAAGCGCGAAAAAGGGCAGCGCAGUGCGGCACGGGACAACGGGGAACAAGAUGGGCCCCGGACAUGCGUGGCCUCGCUUUUCCUGCCACUCUGUACUGCCCACAUGGGCCGCUUUGCCUACCCGCAGUGGGCAGGCUUACUCACCCGCGGACCCGGACCGCACCCACACUCACAGCAGCUAUGCACGCGCAACGCCCUGGGGUGCGCAGCCGUCGGCCGCGCCGGCUCGGAGAAGUGGCGCGCGCUGCCCAGCGAAGCGGCCGGCCCUGGCCGCAUUGCUCCAGCCCAGGCGAUUAGUAGAGGAGUGUGGGGCCGUAGUCUGUUUGGUAUUUUUCUUCUUGGAAGCACGCCUGCCCGGAUAUUUUUCGGGCAGAAAAGUUUUGUGCUUGUUGCCGACAAGGCGUCACAGCUUUAUUUCCAUGUGAUACACAGAAAGCUGCGCUCAUGGAAGCACGGGAGAAAUGCCACACCUUCAACCUGAAGCAGAUUCUCACGAAGAAUGGUGCUGUCGGUUUCGUUUUUGCGAUUGUUGUCUUCGUUCGUUUGGAAUGCUUGUUAAGUAGACAGCGACAGGCGCCACGCAUUCAGUCCGUCGCCUAAUGCGGUAGCUACAUCUUGAAGAAUGAAGACUAAAGGCGUCGGCCGAUCCGGCACCCUCGUGAAGAAAGCCGGUUUGUUUAUGUUUAUGCGCGGCGACGGGAUCGGAUCCCUCUUGUUUUAUCUCACCCCGUCUGCGAUGAUAGGCACGCUCUCGAGCGCUUUUUUUACUACCCGGCCGCCAGCAUUUUUUCGAAAGCGCGCGGUCUGCCUGGGCUUGGUGGGUUUGAUCGGGUCGGCCUCCCCCGAAAGGAGAGCCUCGGGCGGGCUACCGCUACCGCCGGGGAAGCACCCCUUUGCCGGAGCGCUUACUCUUGGCCUGGGUUCUUGUGGAUUGCCAGCGGCCCGCACGGGCCGCAGUGCUGAACAUGGGAAGGGAGGAGAGGCGCCCCGCCAGCCCGCCGAAUGGGGCUGAUUUUAGGCACUCCAGCAAAGGCCGCCGCGCGAAGCUGGUGCGCAAGCAGCCAGGGCGGGGCAAAUUUCGGCGAUUAAAAUCGCCAUAAAAAAGCAGCAGUGCCAAAGCGCGCGGACUUUUUGGCCGGGGCCCUUUUGGGCCCUAUCUCCAAGGAAGUUUCCCUAUUUGCCCAGAAUGGGCGCCGCUUCGCGUGCUGUUCAAUAGAAGGGCGCGCAGCAUUGGUGGCCCAACCCCCUCAAGGGCCGCCCUGCUCCUUCUCGAGUUGUCUUGCCCCCUGGUUGUUCUGUGGGGCGGCGCUUGGGGCGGUUGUUCUCCCCCUUUGACUUGGUGGGGGCGCGCAGCCUUCUCGGGGUUCUUUUGCCGGUCGGCCAUGUGCAGGGCCCCGAGUCUUUGUUCCGCGAGUUUCCGCCCGGACUCCAGUUUUUGUCGUCAGCCCGGGCUCCAUCGUUUCCGGAUCAAUCCGUGACCAUCCGCAGAGGAUGGCCGCGGAGUAAUUACGAGCGCAUUAAUUGGCGCAAUAGUUUGCGCAUUAAAAUUGCACGAAUUUGCCUCGGAGGCGUUUUCAAAAUUUGUACUAAUUUAGGACAAAUUCCAGUGCAAAACUAAGCCACCAAGUAUAGAACAAAUAAAGCACUAGCCACACCGGAAACCCAAGAAGGAGAAAGCAGAAAAAGCCGCGCCGUUUUGGGGAUUGGUUAAGCGGCAACCGGGGGCGCCCGGGGCUUUCGUUUUUGGGCGCCGUUUUUGCGCUGCAGGUUCUUUCGGCGCAGCCCGCGGGGCCCUUGCGUUGUCUCGUCUUGGUCCUUGGCAGCGUUUGCCGUAGAUUCCCGGGCGGCGCUGUGCCAGCGUCGCCCCCUUGGUUGCCUAUGUUUGCCCGGGCCAGUUGGCCACCCUGGGUCCCCCCCCGCCCUUCCGCUUUCGGGCCCAGGUUCCGCUUCGCGAUCUGGCGCAGAAGGCGGGGGCGCGAUGGGCCCGGGGGCAGCCGGUCCCGGUUGUCCUUGCGCGGCCGCGGCUACUUCCUGCGCUCGCCCCCUGGCGGUUUGGGCCAUGUGCCGCGUCUUCCAUCUGGGCUUUCGCGCCGUCGCUUUGCGUAUUUUCUUGCCCUCCUUCCUUCCUGCUUUAGUGUUGAUGUUUUUUUGCGCCAAUUCAAAACCGGGCAGCUCGCCCGGGGCCGGCGGCGUAAGGGUUCCGCACCGCCCGCGGGGGUGGGGUAAGUAUUUGCCUCGCCCCCGUUGCCUUGGCGGCAUGGGCGCACGCGCAUGCGCUGGCCUUGUUCCAGGCUACUAACCCCCCCGGCCCGGGCAUUAUGCCACGCCAGCACGCCCCUGCGUUUGUCGUUGCCCAACUCGCGGAGGGCCACCGCGGCGGAGCGUUUUCACCCGGUUGGGCCCGGCGCCUCCCCGCUUCGCUACGAGCAAGCGCGCCAGCGGUGCUAUGAGAGCUCGUCGGCAAAUGGAAGCGCGUCCGUCGGCUAUGUAGCAAGUGGAAGGCUUUGCUGCUGGUGUGGCCCGGCAUGCAGCAGUGCGCGCACUCGUUUGCCGCCUCGCCUUUGGAAAGCGCGCGGCCGCUUGCGCUGGUUUGCUGUGGCACCAAGCUGGCCUGCCAAAAGCGCGAGGGAGAAUCCUUCCCGGUGCCGAUAUGCCAGACCGCCGGGGCGGGCCCCCCGAUCGCAUUGGGGUUCCUGCACAAGGCGGGAGAUGGGGCCGCCCCCCCCCAUUCGGCAUGGAUGGGCUGCCGUCCCCGGGGGGUAGGGAAGGGCAAACGCCGGGCCCUUGGGAAGGGGCAAAGAUUCGCAGGAUUUCCACCCUAACGCAAAAAAUUUCGGAAAAUCCACAUAGGGCAAAAAUAAAAUUAAAAAAAAAGCAAAAAAAAUUUUUUUGGAUUUUUUUGCUUCCCCGACGGUCUGGCCUAUGUGAGGCAGCUCCCUCCCGAGUCUGUUCUCGCCCCUGUUUGGCAGAGGAGGGCCGGGCGUAGGUGUCGUAUACUUGCCCGCUUGGGUGGUCCGUAUCUCUUGGCCUCCGCUCCUGGUGAUGAGAACCCAGAGGGGCGAACCCGUGUGGGGUUGCGCCUUCUUCUGUCGGGGAGCAGAGGCGUCCUUGUGGCGCAUUGCCGCCGCAGAGGAUUCCUCUUUGGGUUUGGCCAGGAAAAAUUGCAAAAAAAAUUUGAAAAAAAUCCGGGACAAAUCAAGAGGCGCGCAGAAAAAAUUUGAAAAAAAAUUCUAGAAAGUGGCCAACUUGCAAAAACCAAUGGGAUUUUGCUAAUGUGGCCGAUUUUCCGAAAUUUUUUUUGGCCAUUUUUCGCACCUCUUGAAAUUUUAUCCGGCCAAAUUCAAACUUUUUUUGGGCAAGUCGAAAUUUUUUUGAAAUUUUUCUUGGCCACAUGCCAAGGAAAUUCUUCACUUCAAUUCGAAUGCAUCCGAGUGCCCGCGUUGUCGAGCAGCCACACCCAUUAUGCCUGCGCGCCGCCUCCCGAGCGCUCCUGAGGCAUAAGGAGCCCGCGUGGCGUGGCGUCUUUGUGUUUUGGCUCAUCCCAUUGCGAAGCACCGAAGGCAGCGACCCAAAUCCCGCCACCCUUCUGGUGCAGCCAGCAGGACGGGCCCCAACUCGGCCCCGCCCCAAGAGCCACCCCGCUACCCUUCUCGGGAAUUUUAAAAAAUUUCAGAAAAAAACUGGACUUUUCGGCCCAAAAGCGUUAGGGGCAAAAUCCGGCGAACAAAGAAAAACAUCAGGCGGCGCAGGCCGGCCAAGGAAGCCCGCACGGACGGAACAGAUCCGGCGCACAGGCUUCGGCCUGUCCGCGAGGUUGUUUGCUUGGCUGGGGCCAGGCAAGUGACUGAACAGCCGCGCCGGUAGCCGGCCAGUCUGCGCGGGCGCGCAAGCCUUCCGCACGAACCGCGCCUGGCGCGCCCGCGCGCAGAAGGCCACGCGCGGGCGCCAACUGCCUUUACUGGCGCGCGGAUUAGCGACGCCGCCCCGCGCCAUUGGGAAGGUGGCAGGAAUGCUCUCGCGCCGCUGGUGGCAUUUCAUUCUCCCGGGGCUUCGCGCCUUCUAUUUUCUGGUGGCCCCGCUCCGGGCCGCCGAGAUGUGGCCUAUAUAUUCGGGCAGCAGUAUCCAUUGUGGUAGGACGGGGCCGGCGGGCAGCAAGAUCCUUCCGGACCUGGUCGCGUGCCUCCGCGGCCGCACAACAGGCGCUGCGCUACAGUAUCGCAGCGCCAGUAAUCUACCAGCGGCGGUCCGCCGCUAGUAGUCUACUAGCGGCGGAUCGCCGCCGGGGACCGCGCCGGACCUUUCCAUCCGGCCCUUCCCCGAAAGUAAGUCGGCGCGGUUUCCUUCGUCUUCCUUCGCCAGAUUCAAGGAAGGCGCCGCGGCUGUGGGGCGCAGUAGAUGCGGCUCCGGCCCUGGCGAUUUUGGCCACUUCGCGCCCUUGGCUUUUCUGCGCGCGCAACUCGCAGCAAAUUGCGCGCGCAGAAAAAACGAAGGCCUUUGCGGACCGGGGGCGGGCGUGCGUUUUCUCCGCGCGGCGCGGGGGCGGGGGGGGCGAGCAGGAGGUGCGUGGAAGACCCGGCGAAAAGGGUCGCGCUUCUGCUCUUGGUGGCCCCCGGUGGAAAGGCGCGCUGCCCUGCACUUGCGCAGGGUCCGCAGGGCAGCGGAGGCCGGUGCGGGCCUUGCCGGCCGCUCUGCCCCCCCGGCCCAAACCGCAGCAGCCGGCGCCCAGCGCCGGCGGGCGUCGUAGCGGUGUGUGAAGCCCGGGGCCGCGUUUCGGCAGUCCGGGGCCUGCGGUUCAUCCGGUUCAAAUUUCCGCCCGCGGCAACAGCCUGGUUUGUUCGGGGAGCGGGCGAAGCGAGCCGUCGCGCCCGAGAUCCAUCUUGCUCGAAUGCAAUUGCGUCGGUCCGCGGUAUUGAAAGAUCAAGAAUGGAUCGGACGAGGGUGCGAGAGGGGGGGGGUGACGCAGGUAAACUCGCAGUCCGGGCUGCUUCCCGAUCGAAGCGCGGGCCUGCUCUUUCGGGGGCAGGUCCCAACGAACGCGCCUGCUUGCCUUGGCCCCGGCCCAAACCCAAAGCGGCCCGUGCUAUGCCUCCACCAGCGACGCCCUUCGUGCUCGCGCCCUGCUUUUCUCGGGGCACUCAUUUAGUGGCCUGCUAUUCCGCCCCGGCCCGGCGAAGCGGCGGCCGCCGCGCGGCAGCCCGGUGGAGCUUUUUCGAGCCUUCCCCCGCCAAAGAUUCCCUGCUCGCCGCGCCGCCGCGAAAAGAAGCCCCCGGCCAGCGGGGCCGCCUUGUAGCCCGUGGGGCCCGUAUGGCAUUUGUAGGCGACGGAGGGAAAGGCCGCGCGCCCGGUGCCGGCCGCAGGAAGACAGCCGCGCAGGCGAAGGCGCCCACGCUAUCGACAACCCCUUACAAGGGCACCGCCGAUCCCCGCGCGGUGGUCCGCAAGUGGUGGAGCUGUGUUGCGCUGCCCUCGCCAAGGUGCAGCGCGCGCCGCGAGGCCUCCCUGUGGUGCGGCGGGCCCGGCUCAUGUGCUCGCUCGGUCCGGGGUCCCCGGGCGAGGCUUCGGGCUUCCGGGCCUUGACGCGUAAUGCUUCAGCUACGCCCGCCGCCCCGGCUUCUCCUUCCCACCCUGUUGGCGCCGGUGCGCGGUCGUCGCGGCGCACCCUGUUGCCAGCGCGAGGCGCGCGCGCCACCGCUGGGGCGAGCGGCUUAGCUGGUAUGCCGGCUUGCUUGCACCCCGGGCCGCCCGGCCUGCUGGCAGGCAGCGGUGGCCAUUCUGGCGUCUUCCCGGCGGCCGGCUUUUCGCCCUCCAACACCGCGGGCCAGUCUGCCCUGUUAGUUUCCCCGGUAAGUACCUCAGAGCCAUUCCCCCCACCGUGCGACCCCUUUUGCCCCCCUCGCAGCGCCGCCUUGCCUUGCUUAGCGGCCAAGCAAGCCCAUGCAUGCCGCCCUGCGCUGAGAAAGCAGCCUUCCCCGUAUAGCGCCUGCGGGCGCCAACCUGGCCACCGGCUGGCCCCAUGCCUUUCGUGGCUUUUGUUGGAGACAGGCAUGAUCGGCAGCUGCUUGGCGGCUAAAGGCCGCCCCGCGGCCCGCACGGCCGGCCCCCGUCUUUCUACGUGUUUCGCGCGCGGGGGAUCGCCCACCCGGCCUGUGCUUAGUAUAUCGGGCACCUGUUUGCAAAGAUAAAAAGGAGAAGGCGAAACGGCCACGGCGGCAGGAAGUAGCGAAUAGAGUAUAAAUAUAUUUACAGGCACCAUUCUGAUGAAUAUGCUGGAGCGGGUAUCCCAGAGGAAACGCCGCCGCACCACAGCCAGGACAAAAAGAAGCAAGCGCGAGCUCUGUAUUUGGCUACCACACUCGGGAGCUUCGUUUGCUGGCCGUGUCGGCGCGUCGCGUCUUGCUGAUUGGCGCUCAUGGUAUGUCGCUCGCCGACCACGAAUGUUUCAUCGGCGGCGGCUUCUUGCGAUAGCCCCGACGAUUCGGCCUCUGGAAUUCGGGCGCCCGGAGGCACUCUCUGCGGAUUUUGUCUCGCGGAGCCUAGUGUGUUGGUGAGCUGGCCCGCGGUUGCUGCGAGCAAUUUCGGCCGCCAUGGCGGUAGGGCAGGCGCAAUCAAAACACGCAGCCAGAAGGAUAGGCUUGGAAGCGGCGCAUAAGCGGCCGCGAUUGAUUCGCGGCCGGCGGCCCGGCCCUGCGCGGCGCAACGGCCACAAGCUCGCGCGCCCCGAGAGGCAAAGCCAAGAAGCAGCCGGCGCACCGAGAUGCGGCGCCCGCCCAUGCAGGCAACGCGGCCGACCCCGGGCCGCCCCCGCGGGGGGGCGGGGGGCCCCAUACCUUGAGCAAGGGGCGUUGCCCUGUUUCCGCAUGGGCCACGCCUGGAAAAGGGCCCCCGAACAGGCCGGGGCGCGCUCUGCGCCGGCGCAGAAGAGGAUACGUCGACCCCGCUAGCCCAGGCCAGCAAUGGAGGCGCCACCGCUUUCAGCCCCAUUGCCGCGGCGGGGGGCGGUACUUGCGGCCCUUCGACCUAAAGAACGCCGGGCGCGGACGCCGCUUCGGCACGAGGACCACUGGCGCGCGCGCAUACACCACAACCGAUCGCCGGGGCCCAUGCGUCGUUUGUUGUCCUGGAGGGGGCGCCCAGUCCUGGCGGAAUGCUUGGGGUGCCCCCGCUACGCAGAACGCCGCAGGCCUGAAUCUGCCAGGGGGGGUGCGCGGUCGGCCGGCCUUGGGAAAUACGGCGCAAGGCUGCCGGCAGGGUGGGCGCGCGGACGCUUCCGUCGGGCGCCCAGCGUGUUUGGCCCCGGUCGCGUAUGCCUUCUCGAAGGGGCGGAGAUUCGGCACUGCGCUCGCAAAGGAAAGACUGCCCGCGCCGCGACCCCGGAUGCCCCCCGCGCUGCGCCGCCGCUCCGGCGGGCGCGGCAAAGGUACGGCGGGCGGGCGCUUGCCCCGGGGGCUUCCGGGGGCUUUUUGCCUGGGGCGAAUGGGCUCCGUGGCCAUUCGGGCAGGUGCCCCGCGUGGCGACGGGCCCGCAUUAGAUGUGGGGGCGGGCUUGGGAGCUCCCGUGCGUUUGUUGUAAUCGCCCUGGCGGCUCGCGGGGGCCCCUCAAGCAAAUAAGCGAAGCGGUGGGGCGGGGCGGGGCGGGGCCGUUUGUGGUCUGUAGUUAGUAAAAAGCCCCAGCCCGCCCCCGCACGACCGAUGUGGUCCGCCCUAGCUAGGUAGAGGCCGGCGCCGCGCAGGUUGGGAGUGCUCUGCGUGGCAGCCGUCGGGCGCGAUUGGUUGGCGUUACAAAUAUAUUGCGAGGCCGCGCUGCAUCUUUGUCUUUCUAUACUCAACAAUGGCGCGCGAGCGUUGUCCUUUCGCAUAGCGGAUGCUGGAUUCUACAAGUAUAGACGCCCGGGACAUCGUAUGCCACAGCACACCGCCGCGAAUCCAACCGCUUGCCGUUGUCAUUGCGACACUAGCGCCGAAGGGUUGCGCAGCGUGCCAGCAGCGGACUUCGGCGAUGCCGGCAGCAGCGCCGCCGGCAGUCUCGACGAAGCCGGAGGUGCUUUCAGACCAAAGCGCCUGCAAGCUUCCGGGGCGUGCCUGCGAAACGUGCCCGCCCCAUUUUCAUCCCCCGCCGCGCCAUACAAUGCCAACGCAGAAGAGCAUGCAGAAGAGGCGCACUCCGUGAACGCCCGCCGGCUUGGGCUCUCGAGUGAGAUUGUGAAGGCCCCGAAGGCGAGGCACUUGAGAGGCCUCCGCGGAACCUGCCAGCCCCAGCCCGCACGCCACCCCCGCACGAACCAAAGGCGAAAACGCUGGCCAACGCAGAAGGCGAGAGCGCCUGGCGGCUCUGGGAAAUUGGUUGCCCACCGGGAGGGCGCCUCUCGCGCCGGGCAGGCCCAAUCAAAAGCGGCAGGCCGAUUUUUAGAACUCCGGGGCCCCGGGGCGUUGCUAAGAUUUUCAUCCUUCGCAAAAAGGCGGGCGGAAUGCUUUCGCAUCCUUGGCGGCGGCGCCAGUUUCGGCAGCCGACCGCCCGCGCUUGCCGGGCUCUCACGGAAGCGCUGCGUUGGCAGUGCAGGGGCUUGGUGGAUGGUCGUCACGCGCGGACUUCUUGGCGUGCGAAGUGUUGCAUUUGCUCGGAAUUAUAAAAAGAAAGCCGCCCCGGGUCCCAAAAUUGUAAGCCCAGCGGGGCUAUUUUUGCGAAAGCGGCGUGGCUUGGGAUUGGGUGUAAUAGGGGGCGUGAUCCGGUAUCGAAGCGCGCGCACGGUGGCGCUCGUGGUUUUGUCUUCUAAAGUCACCGGGCGGCGGCGCCCCUGGCUGUCUCGUCACGCCCGGGCAGCCGCCCGGGCCUCUCCGAAUUGCGCGCGCUCCCCCAUGUUGCCCAGUCGCCCCAGGUACGCCUGCUUUGAGCCCGCCGGGGGCGGCUGUUCGUAGCCUGGGCGGGCCUAUUACUGGCCUGGCCGGUGGCCAUCCCGAGGAGUCUGGCUGCGCCGGGGGCAGGUUAUUCGUUGGAGGCGAAUUUGGUGUCGGGAAAUGCCGGCGGGAAACUUUCAAUGCCCCGCCUCGUAGGCCGAUGCGCUCGCCUUUCGCGGCUCUUCCGCGGUGCGAGAAAACGGGUUCCAGGCUUCCGAGAGCUACUACCCGCGCCGGCUUCGUUUGCCCAACCGAUAGCGCAGCCAGCCCGUUGACCCGAUUUCGCGCCGGCACCGGCGCGCCCCUCCUCGCGUUGGCUCGCCGUCUUCGCGGGCCCCCCGGGGAGUCGUCGCAUUUGCGCCGAGCGGGCCGGGCUGGUGGGGCACCAAAAACGCGCGGCGGCGCAUGCGCCCCACGCGUCUUAAGUGCGCGGGGUCUUCCACCCUGAUCUGCUUCGCCCGCCCCCUCGGAAGGCCUUCCGCGACCCCUGACGGCCCGGCCUCCAUUGGUCGCUUGCUUGCUAGCUCGCGGCGUGCGCCACCCCGGCAGCCGAGCAAGCAUCGCAGCCCCCUAAACAUGAUAUGCACGCUCGCGCAGGCGAAUAUUCAGCACGGGGCCCUCGCGCAGCUACGCGUAGGCGGCCUCGCGCGUGGAGCAUUGUUGGAACCCCAGGUGGGGGCCGGCGAAAUAGCAAAGGCGCGGCCGCGUGCACGCCGGGGCCGCGGCGCAACCGUUCGCGCGCAUGGCGAAACAGCGGCAAGCGGCAAGUGGGUCCACUGCGGUCUGUUGUUCUAUACUCGGAGACUGAAAGGGUGAGGACCGCAGAAGCUGCGCACCCUGCAGAGAAACGAGAAGGACCGUGCCUGGUAAAUUGUGGAGUGGUCUCGCGUGUGCCACUAAGAAGCCAGCCUCCGCUUGGCGAGUGAUGAAUGAUGGCCGCAGCACGGGCAGCCACUGGCCCGUGGUGGCUCGUCGGGCCCGCGCCCCGGGCCGGGCGCUGCUCUGCUGAUCUUCCGCAUAGCGCGUUUGUGCGUGUUCCGGCUGGGACGAUAGCGCGCCCCGAGGAAUAACUGCCACGGCGGCACCCCUCGGCUUCAAGGCGAUGUGACUACGCCUGCCGUUCAGCAAGUCACCCGCCCCCCUCGCGAAGGCAAAGGGCUUGCGUGCUCUUCGCGCCCGUAGCGCAUGUUUGCAGUUGCCGGGCGGCUUGGACAGUUGGGCCGCCCGCUUGGAGAAAGUGCUUCCAGGCCGGCUUCCUUGGCCAGGAGCCACCGGCGCCACCCAGCACACCAGCCGGGCGCGCAGCUUCGGAAGCACACCAGCCGGGCGCGCAGCUUCGGAAGCGCGCCCCGCCCGCGCACCCGGGGCCGGCCCCAACUCCCCGGGGCGGCCCUUUUCUGGUGUUUUGGGAAGAGCCGGACGGGGGCGGCCGCGCCUUUCGACUGUUUCUUUGGCCGGCCAAAGCAGCGCGCGCUGCCGAAGCUGUGGCCCCAAUAAAUAUGGGGCAUGCGGCCUUUUUUUGUGUUUCCCGGGAGUUGCCAAGGGCCACCCGCAGUGAUAUUGUUGAUACACGCCACAGGGGAGGCGGGCAUGACCUGCGCGAAUCUGCCCCGCCAGCAGCGCUUGGGCGCGCGGGGUGCCCGAGGCCUAGUGUUUGUUUGGGGCCCCGCCCGGCCGCCAGCCAAGGAGGCCGUCCAGCAGCGUCGCGCUGCGCUCGCCCCCGAAGUCAGCGCGCCGCGCCCGCGCGGCAUCGGAAGGGGCUAGCUACGCGGCACGCCCCGUAGCCUCGGUGCUGCUGCAAACGCGGCGCCGAAGCCUAAGCGCCUAAUUCUAAACGGGCGGGCGCCCGAUCGUGCCGAAGGGCAGCCGGGCACGGCACGCGAGCACGGGGGCUUUGCCUUCGUCGCCGCCCGCCUGCCGCCCCGCCUGUGUUUCGAUCGCGUCUGAGCUUUGCCCCGGGCCGGAUUUCUAGCAGCGAAGCGGGUCGCGCGCCCGGGCCCUGCCACGAAUACGCGAGGCCGCGCAGCGGCGCAACCGGCCCGACAGGCCGGGCAACAAAAAAAAAACGAGGCGUGAACGGCCGGCGGCCCAAGGCGCCAAGCACUAUUGUGCCAGCCCGGGAACGCCGGGCGGGUCGGGGACUAUACAUAUCACGGGAAGGCAGGCGCAAGCACGCGCGCAGCGCGCCCGCGGAGGACAAAUAUGGUGGGGCAGCCGUCGCGGUGUCUCGGGGGCCUUUUGCGGGCCGCCGCGCGCCCGCGGGCGCCUUCUUUCCCCGGAGGCUGCAGCGCCCAGCAGAAAUCCUCCCUGUCCUCGGGGCCAGCUCGUUUCCCGGGGGCCUCUUCGCCCCGCGCAGGCUUCGGCCCCCCCUUGCCGGGGCCCACCGCCGGGGGGGGGUGCCCGUUCACCCGACGGACACUACCCUGCCUGCCCUCGCGGCCCUCCGCCCUUUCGCGGAUUCCCGUUUCCUCUAUCAUGGGGCCAUGUUUCCCGGCGGGUUGGCCCCCUUUGUGCCCUGUCCCGGGGCCCCGAGGGGUAAUGCCCCCAUGUUCCACGGCGUUCUUCCUGCGGUUCCCCGGGGACCACCCCGGCGGGGAGGAUUCUCGGCCGCCUCGGCGGGGGGGUGCGUUCGGGGCAAGCAGAGCAGGUCGGGUGGACGAACGGCCGAGGACCCUCGAUUGCUUUUUAAAGCCCGCCCCCGCAGGACCCCUGCGGCGUCCUCUUCGGGAGGCGGGCUCGUGUUGUUGGAGAAUUUGCUAGGGCGGGCCAAUUUGGAGCCGGAGGCUUCGGCGGGGCUACCGUAUUCCCCGGCCGAAGCGAAUCUCCCGAAAAGCGCGCGCCCAAAAUCGGGCCCCCUCUACCAGAGGACGGCCUGUCUGGCUGCCCUCGCCGCCCAAGCCAGCUGCUUGGGCCUGCGGAGUUCUGCCAAGCCAGGCGCUUCAGGGCUAGCCGACUACCAAAGCCGGCCCGCCCUUGUUGCCUUGUCGUGUCUGGUUUGGAGAAAGGGCGCGCACCCAGCGCGACGCGCCGGGCCGCAGGAGGAGCGGCGCUUGCCGCGGCAAAAAGGCAGCAAGCCGGGCCGCCGCUAGAUGGCGCGCGCGCGCAGGUUGGGGCAUUGCAGGGCCCCCGCUGUACCACUAUGCUGUGGGAGAAGGGCGGCUGCCUUGAAGUGGUGAGAUUGGUAAAGGGCGCCGCGUAAGAGGCGAGCGCACAGCAGUGGCAAACAACGGCUGCGCGCCCCGUAGCCUCUGCUUGAAGGGCGUAGCCGCCUCGUGGGCACGUGGCAAUUCCUCGCCAUGUGAUGCUUGCCCGGGCGGACGGGCCCAGGAGCUUAACUUGGUGGCAAUGGCCAUGCAUCGUUUGAAACGGACCGGGCCUCAACCGAUGAGGCCUAAAAUCAUGAGCCCCGAGCCGGGGCAGUCUGGGUUCGCGAAUCGAAUCGGGCCGCCUGCGGUUUGUGUCCGUCGUUGUGCUAAUGUCUGAAGCACCGAAAUGCGGGGCGACGAAAUUAGGGCCACACGAGAUACGUACUUCUGUCAUUUACGGCCGGGCCUUUGUGACUAUCAGUCUGCAUCUGGGCGCGCAGCUUUUGCGCAUGAUAAAGGACCCUGCUGGAGCACUCGUGCCAUACCGGGAACCUAGCACUUGCCAAGUUGUGCUACAGAAGAUAUCCGCGGCAACAUUUCAUCGCGAGUCUGGUGCCACAUGCUCUCCGGAAAGUUCUACUACUCUUAGCGGCGCCAGGGCGUCGGCGAGCGCGUGCCCCCGGGUAUGAAUGCGGAGGCGCAUCCGUGUAGGGUAGAUCGGUAGUUUGGCAGCAAAAUGCAAGCGCGCAGUGGCUCACGAAACCGGAGUGCGCAUUCUGCGAUAUUGUUUUGCAAACGGAGCGCGCAUGUGGCGGCCUCCGGUCCCAGUUAAAGGAGCCGCGCGGCGACGGGAAUCUCCGAAAUGCCGCACAAGGAAGCGGCGAGGAAGUCGCCCGUCAGCAAGGCAGCAACUUGCGCAAAAACGACCGAUGAAUGGCCUGCAGGCAGCGCGGGGAGACGAUUUGCGCUCGGCCGCGUUAGAAGUCGAUCGAAAGCAUUGCUGCUAGGUAGCCCAUGAUCUGCUCGGCCGCGGGAGUAGGACGCUCCGUGUGGGUCCCGCUUCCGCCCCCCAAACCGUUCGAGGAUCCGGGCCGGCCCGGUCGCGCGGCGAAAAAAUGCGAAAACCCCGCAAAAAACGGCGACGGCUAAUGUCAGCGGAAGAGUGGGAGCGGGCUGGGUGUGGAAGCUCCCGCCCGGUGGCGCCCUCCCCCGACUGCGAUUGCGCUUAUUUGGGGGCCGCUGCCGCCUUCGGCCGGCCGCCCCCCGCGGCGCCCGCCCUCCGCGCGAGGCUUUGCGGCGGCCAAAGAAAAAGAGCGCGCCCCCGAUUGCGCCACCCGACCGUCUGCCCUCCCGGCGAUGAGGCCUCUCCGCCCCCACCCCGUGCUCGGGCGAAAAAAUCCGAAGACCCGCAAAGGGAAAUUGCCAACCUCUCCCGCCCGCGUCCCGAUGCUGCGCGAGGCGCCCCUGCAUCAUGUAGGAGGGAUUUGGCGAGCGACCUCCCCUGACCUCCGGGAUCGCCAGCGAGCGCGCCCUGUUGGGUAUUCUCUCCGCCCUUCGCGCAGAGCGCCAAGCUGCCCCUCGCGCAACAGGCAGGCCGAUUCUGCCGGCGAAGGCCGGCCCGGCCUCGCAUUCUUUGCGCGAGCAGCUGCGCCGCAGCAGGGUGGGGCGCCGGCAGCAAGCCUUCUGCCGCCCCUUGGGUGGGGAGACCUCGCCCGCCCGCCGCGCGAGGCUUCGCGGGGAAAAAAACAAGGGGCGGGGCCGCUGCGCCCUUCCGUCGCCCGGGCGGGGCAGGCCCCGCCUCCCCGGCCCUCUUACUUUUGCCCGCGCGGUUCGGGGCGCCCCUGUCUGCAGCGAACCCCCCCCCCCAUUUUGUUCGCGUUCCCGCCCUGCCAAUUCAGCGUGUUGCGCUAGCGCCUAGCGGACCGAGGAGAACGAAGGCCGACCCUGGGCGCCACCGCCCCGCAAACGUACGCGGGGCGAUUGCGGGUUUUGUGGGUGGCCCCGGUGCCCGCCGGCACUGUGUAUGUGUUCGCUACCAACUUGGUGAGGCGUUCAGAUCGUUGAGAGCUUGCAGGCAAAGGCAGCAAUAGCGGAAGCGCAAACAUGUCGGCCUUUAAGUUUUUGAAAGGCAAAGGUAAAACAUUUUUCACAUGCCUCGGUCGGAGCUUGCGAAACAGUGCGCGCGACCAUGUGCAAAGUAUAUGCAAGUGCGCGCUUCCGCCUCUCCGCGGCGCUCGCCUAAGGUUCAGAAUUUUUGGGGGGCAUGGCGCUUUACAGUGCAUAGCACGGGCGCCAACCUAAACCAAAAGUCACUCUCUGGGGACAUACCUUUCACAAUUGCAACGAAAAACAAAAGGUAAGGCGACGAACCAAAAGCCUGCUUUGGGUUGCAGACUUGUUUUUGUUUUUGAAUUUGAUCAUAUAUUUAUGAAUACUGCCGCGAACUUCAUGUCUUAAGGCAGAGACGGUGCGCUUUUUUGCAAGCGCUCUACUAUAUUUGAAACUUCAAAGGUACGACAUUAUGGAGUUUCUGCAUCUGUACGGCGUGAGUGUGAACUCUGCGGACCACAACGGCUGCACGGCAAUGCACGUACUUACUGCUUCGCUUUCGCGUCUUUCUUCGCCGUUUUAUGUAGCGGGGGCAAGAAAAGAGACGGCGCCGGCGGCGUUUUUUCGGAGCAUUUGCCUUGAUUGGUUUGCCAGCAACAUUGCUGGCCUACGUGCUGUCCUUUCGUAUGUAGUAAGGUCGCGAGCGUUCUAACCUGGUGGUCUUUUUGACACUUAGACAGCGAAACGGCUGGCAGUUUUCAAGCGGGCGGCAGAAGUGUUUUCGCACAUGCGAAGUCUUCUGCUUUCAAACAGGCGACGCUUUGAUAGCAAGGGGGCCCGGCGAAUUUUUGUCGGUUGCUGCUUGAUAGAUAAAUCGGCGCAGGGGGGCCAACAAAAGUUGCGCUCUUUCGAGGCAACCCCCGCCUCGUAUUCCGCCGGUUUUGGGCGCCGAAAAAGGGGCGCUAAAAAAUUGCUAACAAAAAAAACCGCGAGCCCUAAUGGUGCGGCCGCCAUUUCUGGUUGCCUACAUACUCUAGAAGGCCGCAUAAGCGCCAGCGCAGGCGGGCAACUUUCCAGCCGGCGGACGGCGCAAAGGUUGCGGCGUUUUGACUGGAAAGACCAAAAAGCGCAACACCCGCCAGAAACUGAAGCCAGCGCGAGGGCUACGGGGCCGAUUUUGGAUGCCCACAGACCCGGCCCUGUUGAGUGGACGGGCGGGGGAUGAGUUUGAGGUUGGGAGGCGGCAAAGUUGUAGCCGUGAUCUGCCUAUGUUGUGCGCCAGGCCAUGCGGCACAACAUUGGGCGUCCGGGCGCGACGCGCAGCAAGGAGGGCCCCCUUGCGGCCCGGCAGCCGAGAUUGAUACUGCGUGCGCUUUGGUAGAGGGACGGCCGCGACCUCACUACUUCCGCUGGCGCGGCUGCUAUGUGUAAGCGAGCGGGCCCCCUUUUGGUACGAACCCCGUGGCGGACAGGAUUCCAAUCCAGUGGACGGCUCGGGCCAGUGGCUGGAGAAGGGGAUUGCGGAUAAAUCGGGGCGUCGAGAAGUGCACUCAUUACAUACAUGGGCCCACUGCCAGCGCGUUUUCGACGGGGGCAGCGUUCAGACCCUAGCGCGGCGCCUCGUCGCGUCGUCCGAAGCGUCAUCGCGCGACGCGCUAGCGCCACCGCCUUGUAUCGGGCCCACCAGGGCCAGUGUGGCCCGGCUUCGUCUUGUUGUGGGGCACUCCCCCCGCCACCGCGGUGUAUGUCGCCGCCACCCACUUCAGCAGCAGGCGCGAUGCUGAGGCGCCGCGGCUUGUGGCCGGCGUUUCGGGUAAGCGGCUUUGCUUUCCGAGUUUGCUCGGGUGCGCAGCGGAACUUGGCGCGCUGGCUUUUCCUUUUGUAUUUGCCUGCUCGCUCGCGUUACCGCCCUGCCCCGCUUGUAGUGAGGCCACGAACUUCAACUGCCUGUCCUGCCGGUUUGACGCUGCGCGGGCUUCUGAACACCAAAGCCCGCCGUGCGCUUUGGUUUUGGCCCUGGCGGACCUAGAACCGGGGCUCGCCGACUGCGAAAAACUACGUACGCAGGGGGGAGGCGCCAAAAGGAUGGCAGCACGGAAAGGUCAGGCGGUUCGCACGGUGGGGUCUGCCCGCGCCGUCUUUGGCCACGUUCCAAGGGAGGCCGAAAAAGCGGCGCCCAAAAGCUCGGAAACAAAAAAGGCGAAGCGUGCCGAGGCCUGGGAUGUAAUCCGGACGACAUAGACCCGGCGCGGGACCCGCCUCGGGUGGGGCCCCGGGCAGAUCUAUGGUUUGUGGCCGUGGAUCAUUUAUUCUGCGAGCCCGCAACUUUUGGGCGUGGCCCCCAUCGGCCGCCGCCCCGUCGUGAGUGAGAGAGUAAAAUGGGGCGCGAGGGCGUGUUGGGUAUAAGAAUCGCGGCCAUUUUUGUUUUUUGCCUCGAAUGCCUGCGAAUGGCCUUUCCAAGACAAGAACCUCCGUGAGCUAAUAGAUACUCCCCUCCCCUAUGCAGCUACUAUUGGCCAUCUGCUAUGGCGGCUCUACCGCUCGUGGCUGCCGCUGAGUUACUUGGCACACUGAAUCUGUUAGGUCGCCACUGCAAACAAUGACGUCGAUGCUGUGUGCCGACUAGUGGAAUGGGGAGCAGAUGUAUCCGUUUUUAUGCGCUGCAGAAUUUGAGAUUGAGCAUUGAGGUCCGCGCCCCGCUGCGUUGCGCAUGAUCAGCGUGCUUAACCCUCGCCAGAGCGAUUCCGUCCGACAUGCGUCGUCUUUCGGUUGCGUUCUUUCACCAUUUUCUGUAUUUAGUGCAGUGCACUUGCGGACGCACACGGACUCGACUCAAACUUUGACACGCAUAAAACGAGAAACGAGUACUCGACGUCGCCACUUUUGUGUUGAGCAAACUUGUGCCCCGUUUGCACAGUGCAGGAGGGAAGAACGCGGCAGCUUGCUGCUGUGCAGUGGUUUGGCGUGAUGGAUUCUUCCAAGACAGCGCGCCAAUGUAUGAUAUGGGGCAGAGCUUCGAGGCUGUUUGCUGCCUCUCCCGCUGCAAAAGCAAAAGAAAUAGAAAGCUGCUUACUCAUUUCUCUCAUGCAAAGAAGCGACUGCGUUGCUUACACACAGCCGAAUCUCUAUGCCACUGAUGAGAUUUCGUUUCUCCUGUGAUAGCAUGUAAAUCUCCUCGAUCGACUGCGAAGAACACCCUUGCACUUUGCCGCUAUCGGUGGGCAUUCCGAGGUCUGCAUGCUGCUCUUGGAGCUCGCCGCCGAUUUGAACGCUCGAGAUGCGAAGGAGUAUAUAAGAAUAAAUUGAUUUACAACUUUCGAUCGUAUUCAAUUCUUCCAGCACUGGAUGGCUGAGGAUAGGUCUCUUUCCAUCUUCAGUACGAAAACACGAAGAAAAGAGCCAUACAUCAUGACUUGACUGUACAAGAAAACGACAGCGGAAACGCUCCUCGUUCGGGAACGAGGCGCGCAGACCCCGGAUCUUUUCAAAAAGUGUGAACAACUCAGCGAAUUCUCGCUCGGGUUUUCGUUCGUUCCGGAACGAGAAAUGGACUGAGAAUUCACUGAAUUUGCGCUCCGCCGGGAUUUAGAUUUAACGAGAAAUGGAAUGAAAAUUCACUGAAUUCUCGCUCCCGGACUUUUCAAAAAGUGAGAACUCGGCUUCCGGAACGAGAAUUGGAGUGAGAAUUCAGUGAGUUCUCACUCCAGGCAAAAUCUCGCUCCGGAUGUGAGAUUUUUCAAAAAGUGAGAAUUCAGGAAGUUCUCACUCGAUUCCUGGUUUCUCGUUCCGGAACGAGGCCUCGUUCGCGAACGAGAAGUCGAGUGAUAAUUCAGCAAAUUUUAUUUCUUGAUAAUUCAGUGAGUAUAUCACUUUUUGAACGAUAAAAGUAUCACUUUGGGAUCACGAAUUUUCCUGGAGUGCGAAAACUUCGCUCCUUGAAACCUCAGUGAAUUCUCACUCCGGGAAAACCUCCAGGACCUUGCUCACACGUGCGCGCAAAGGCUUGCACGAAAUACAUGACAAGAAGGGAGCGCCCUGCUUUGGCAGCUGCCCGCUCAUGGCGCGCCCUGCCGGGGGCUCUCGGCUGGCGCCGCCAGAUUCCCACGCGCAUACUGGUCUGAGAUGCCGCAGAAGCCAGCCACGUAACAAAAUGGGCGCACGGCCCACUGAUGCUAUUGUUUUGCCUAAUUUUUAGCGCCGCCGAUACUUGUUAUCGAGAAGCAAACUAACCAAGGGAGAACCGGAAUAACGGCGCAGCCCUUCGCCCUAGGUGGUCGCACACAUCGGCUGCCUCGCGCACUGUCCAGGGCGGCCUUGCUGCUCUGACCGGCCGGGCCACUUCUUUUUGGCUUGCCGUCAUCUAAAUUGUGGCUGGAGUGCGGAUGUGUCUGCCGGUUCCUCUGUUAGGACGAUGGUGAUCAUGAUGAUGAUGAUGGAGAGCGUCUGUGGUUCAUGUCAAAAUAAUGAAGUGCUGCGCGAUCCUCUUUGGCAUCGCUACCUUCCAACCCCGAAAAAGGUAUACUGCUGUAGCCCAUGCAGAAAAUAAUGACCACUUUCAACUGAUGGACCGUCUCGUGGCGCUUGGCGGGAAAGGGCACGGCUUACAGAAAGGCGUACAACACGGAAAAGAUUUCCCGCACAAGUUGGACCCCAUUGUAUUGAAGCACUCGUUCGGCCUGAAGGCGAUGACCGUGAGGCUUCGCUUUCAUGGGCGCUGGUAUUGCAUGAAUGAUCACAGCCAACCUCUUUGUGCAGAUUUUUACUACUCUCGGAGCACAGGAACUUUGACAAUGGCGACCAUGCAUCAGCCAAGGUCUCUUAUGCAUCUGAUCGCUGUGGAGAAAACGUCAGGCGAUGAGAGCAGGCAUCCAAGAGUAAGGGAAGCGCGACGCUUCAUUUGGAGAGCGGGAUCUUUUCUACACGAUACAGCUCAGGGUCGGACCAUGCCAAGCCGCUCGGAGCGACAAGCGUGUCUGCUGGCGAGCUCAAGGCGAGUGCUUUGGGCAGGCUGGGAAAAUGGAAGCUCGACUAUAAAGAAAACUGA